AUGUCCUACCAGGACUCACCAGCUCCCAACAGCGGGCUCUCAGUGCAGGAUAAUACAAACACCAUCUACAGUUCUAGUACCGUGCCGAUGAUCACCCAAACGGACUCCAGGGACAAAUGGAGCAAAAAGAUGGAUUUUCUUUUAUCAGUAAUUGGAUUUGCCGUGGAUCUUGGAAAUGUUUGGAGGUUUCCCUACGUGUGUUACCAAAAUGGAGGGGGAGCUUUUCUUAUCCCCUACACAUUAAUGGCCAUUUUUGGAGGUGUGCCCCUUUUUUAUAUGGAGCUAGCACUGGGACAGUUUCAUAGGACUGGAGCCAUCUCUAUAUGGAAGCGCAUCUGCCCCAUUUUUAAAGGUAUUGGCUUUGCAAUCUGCAUCAUUAAUCUUUAUGUGGCCUUCUACUAUAAUACCAUCAUCGCCUGGGCACUGUACUAUUUCUACUCUUCGUUUACCAGCACACUGCCCUGGACUAACUGUAAUAACCUUUGGAACACUGAAAACUGUACUAAUUAUUUUGGACAAAGCAACAUAACAUGGACCAACUAUUCCAGGUCUCCUGCUGAGGAGUUUUACAUGAGGAAUGUGCUGGAGAUUUAUAUGUCAUCUGGUCUCUGCAGUGUUGGAGGGAUUCGCUGGCAGCUUCUACUUUGCCUGUUUCUUAUUUUCACCAUUGUCUAUUUUAGUCUUUGGAAAGGAGUGAAAACAUCAGGAAAGGUUGUAUGGGUGACAGCAACACUGCCAUAUGUUGUUCUCUUUAUUCUUCUAAUCCGUGGAGCUACAUUACCUGGUGCCUGGAGAGGAGUUGUAUUCUACCUUAAACCCAACUGGGAGAAGCUGCUUGAGACCACUGUAUGGGUGGAUGCAGCAGCACAGAUUUUCUUCUCACUGGGACCUGGCUUUGGCGUUCUUCUAGCGCUGUCCAGUUAUAACCCCUUUACAAAUAACUGCUACAGGGAUGCGAUUGUGACCAGUCUGGUGAACUGCCUGACAAGUUUCCUGUCUGGUUUUGUGAUAUUCACAGUACUGGGUUAUAUGGCAGAGAUGAGGAAUGUGGAGGUGGAGGACGUAGCUAGAGACAAAGGUCCAAGUCUUCUCUUUAUCACCUACCCUGAAGCCAUUGCUAACAUGGUGGGGUCAACUUUCUUUGCCAUUAUAUUUUUCUUGAUGAUGAUCACACUUGGGCUUGACAGUACGUUUGGAGGUCUUGAAGCUGUUAUAACCGCUGUGAUGGAUGAAUAUCCACGUCACUUAUCCAAGAGACGAGAGCUGUUUGUGCUGGUGCUGGUCAUAAUUUGCUUUCUAGGAGCUCUAAGCACUCUAACAAAUGGUGGGGCAUAUGUGGUGAAGCUGCUUGAAGAAUUUGGUGCUGGCUGUUCAAUCAUUGCUGUUGUCUUCUUAGAAGCAAUUGCUGUCUCAUGGUUCUAUGGCAUUCAGAGGUUCUGUAAUGACAUUAAAGCCAUGCUGGGCUUUGCCCCAGGAAUAUUCUGGAAAGUAUGCUGGGUCGCAAUCAGUCCAGCCUUUUUAGCAUACAUCAUAAUAAGCUCCCUGCUAGACCAGCCACCCCUUGUACUUUUUGACUAUAAAUACCCUGAUUGGAGUAUCACAGUGGGAUAUAUUAUUGGUGCUUCCUCAUUCAUCUGGAUUCCUGUUUACAUGGUUUACAAACUGGUGUGGACACCUGGCUCCAUGAAACAGAGAUUGGCAGUUUGUGUGCGCCCACAGAGGACAAUAUGUGAUCCACAGGCAGACUCACUCAACAUGACAACUGUCCCUUAGCCCUAUCCACUUUCCCAAAGAGAGAUGACUGUGCUCUUUUAUAGGACUCUACAACUUAGACAUUUAAGUAUUUAAAAUUAAACAAAAUCAGUUUUUGAUUUUAAAGUCUUAACUAAAACAAAUUAAUGUAACCUUCGGAUUUUUUUCUAAGAAAACUAUGUGCAAUGAUAUAUACUUGGCAUGUCUCUCAGAAACUGGGAGCCUAGACAACCACAGAGGCAGAAUUCAUCUCUUUAAAUAUAUCAAAUAUUAAAAUAGAAAAAAAGAAAAUAUAGGCCAAUCAAGUUGGCUUUUACUGUGCCAAAGUUGUGAACUGAAGUGUUAAGUAUGUCUAAAAAUUGUGUAAGUGUUUAUACUAGGAAUUCAUGUAUUUAUGAAGAUAAUACCAGAACAUACCGUCCCUAUUUUCAGAUGUGUAUACAAAAUUUUUCCUUUCAUUUAUUUAUACAAACAAUCUCAUACUUGUCUUGUUCCUUAAUAUUCAUUUCACCAUUUCUCCUGCUUUUACUGAGGCUGACCUUUUGGUAACAAUACAGAUAUAUUAUAAACAAAGGAUGCAAACAUUUUGUACCAUUCAGUACUAAAAAAUAUAUCCAAGCAAAUGUACUAAUUCUAUAGUUAGUAAAUGUGCUAUGCAUUAACUGAGUAAACCUUGAUAAUGUAAGGUCUGUUCUUUAAAAUAUAUAACCUUUUUAAAGAACUAGUUUAUUAUCUCAUUUGAAUUUCCAAAUUAGACGCAACUACUUAAAGAUGCAGAAUGUAUAGUAUACUAGACUGGUAACAAUUUAAUAAACAUAUUUAUCAAAUAUGUACAUAUAAAUGGAUUACAAAAUUAAUAAAUUCCAAGAAUACAUUAAACACCUGUUCAACCAUUGCAGUUAGUUUGUGCAACACGCAUAUUUUAUUUACAAUAACAUUUAUUUUAAAUUUAUUUUCUUUGAUAACUAUCAAGAAGUGAAUUACAAUGUAUGUAAGAUGUUCUAAUGGAUGGAUGAAACACAUUCUAAGCUGGGCAGACUCCUGCUUUAAAAAUUUACUACCAACUUGAACUUAUGCUCCUUGUACCAUUGACCUUACAUACACAAAUAUUUAGGGAGAACUAUUCAUUUGUUUACUCUGCAAAAACUAAGUAUAGUAGUGUAAUAUACAGUACAGUUUAAACAGGUCAUGAGUUAAGUUAAAUAGGAAUGAUCACUGCAGGUAAUUUUUUUUUACUGAUUAAUGUUUUAAAACAUAUGACUAACACGUUUAAUGUCAAAUUUUCUUUUCUACUAAUUUUAACAUUACACAAAUGAAAGCAUCAACAUUUUUAACAAAUUAAUGUCACAUUUUUAUGAGAUUUAAAAUGAAUACUAUUUAGGAAAAUGCUAAUUUAUAAGCUUAGAUUCAAAUACAGCUUUAGUGCAGCAUGUAAAUAAAUCCUAUAAGUUUAAGCUGUACAAAAUUUUUAUUUAUUGUUGAGCAGUCAAUGUAAUCGUAUGCAUAACAUAGUAAAGCAUAAGGAGAUACCCACUGAACUGGCCUUAAUACUUGAGAAAUACAACAGAUGGAAUGGUUAAAUUAUUGAAGAGGAAUUCCUUUUACUACCUUAAAUGGAUAUUAUAGGAAAUAAUCUUUGUGUUGAAUUUUAAAAGAAUUUUUGAAGAAAAUGACACUUUGUGUCAAAAUGUUUUUUAACAAUACAUACCUACUAAUGAUUUAUUUGUAAAUAAUGCAGUAAAUUAAAAAGGCUUUAGACUUAAUGCAAAUAAAUAGUAUUAAAUGUGAUCAAGAAAUCACUAUUAUGUUCCACUGUGAAACCAAAGUCAGUCAUUUUCAUGUGUUUUUCAAAUUCCCACAAAUUCUGCUCAACAACAUUGUUCUCCCAAUUAAAACAUAAAAAAGUUUUAAACCUCUUACUUCUUAUUCCUAGUUAAACACAGUCCUCUACUCUGUCUGUUAAAAAGUGCAGUUAAUGUGAAAUAAGUGUAUAAAACAAAGGAAAUAUACCAAACUGUGUAUUUAAAUUAGUUAUUUGUGUUAAAUGUUUUACAAAAUAAAUUGUAUCGGAUGCUGUAUUUUUUAUAUUUUUUGUGAUUGACAAAAAAUGAAUAAAAUGUAAUGCAAGAUAUUAAGUAAGCAAAUUACUUCAUAUAUAACUGGGCUCUGACAAAAUAAAACUCCAAAGUUAAAGGUAGACUGUUACCUGCUCCAACUUUAAACAUGAUGAUUUUAAAAUAAAAAUGGGUAUCCAAGAACUUUUCAGAAGGUACUCAGUUUAGUUUAAUUGUGAAAGAAUGCAAACUGUCUGCUUAAAAGCAUAUUGGCAUGUAUUUACACCUAACAAUUGUUGUCAUUGAUUUUUACCUCAUUUCUACAUCAAGUGAAUAUCAAUAGCACUCACAAAGUAAUGGAAAAGAUUACUUUAUAGUGUUCUUAGCCAUUAUUAUUUUCUAUGGAGAUGUUACAUAUUGUAAUGUGGGUUGACAUGAUCAUAUAUUUGUAAUUUUUUGUGCUCCUUGUUUUAACCCUCCUCAGUUUUAACAGUGUAAGUAACUGU